GACGUCUGUGAUAUUUAUAUAAAAUGGUUAGUGCUAGUGUUUUGAGGUAUGAAGAAUUCAUUUCCGUAAUGUAGCUUUAGAAUGUUCACACACAGAACUUAUGUUUGUACAGUAAUAGAGGCCUUUGUAAUUUGAAAGUAUGUCAGACUCCGAGGAUGAAGCCGUCGAAAAACAACUGAAGAUAGUGGUAGUCGGUGAAGCAGGCAGUGGAAAGACAUGUUUGGCAUCUCGUUAUUGUCAUGAUGAAUUUACACGCCAGUACUUUCCUACUGCAGGUGUUGACUUCUUUUUAAAGAGGACAGUUCUUUCAGGAGCUGGAACUAUUACACUUCAGAUAUGGGAUGUAGGAGGGCAGUCUCUUGCAGGGAAUAUGUUGGAUAAAUAUAUAUUUGGGGCUGAUGUGAUUUUAUUAGUCUUUGAUAUUACAAACCCUGUAAGUUUUGACUCAUUGGAAGAAUGGCUUGAUAUGAUACGCAGGACAGUAGUUUCACAGGAGCACCAACCAAAGAUAGCUGUUGUUGCUAAUAAAUGUGACUUAGAGCACAAGAGAAAGGUUCGUCCUGACAGACAGCACAAAUUUACUCAAGAGAAUGGAUUGGGUUCUCAUGUUGUGUCAGCACGAACUGGAGAGAUGGUUGCACUCAGUUUUCACAAGGUUGUAGCAGAAGUGCUUGGACUGAAACUGAGCCGUGCUGAGCAAGAAGAGCAGCAGCCCCUCAUGCAGGCCGAGAUUCUACAUUCUCCAACAGCCACUACACUGUCAGAUGCACACUGUCCUGCAGCUUCUCAUUUGCCUUCUGGAGCUUCAAAAUCUGCCAUAUGUGAAAUCCAAUGAGUUUAUUUAGUUAUUUAUUUUUAAUAGCUCGUGCAAUAUAGCCCUGAAAUAAGUUGUUUUACUUAAAGAGUAGUUAAUAGUAUUAUGUCAUAUAUUUUGAAUUGAAUGCAAGCUGUACUAAUUAACAAAGACUCAGAUUGUCUGUUGCCAGUCACUUGACCUACAUUUCUAUUUACACUCCAUAUACUCUUGAGUAAUGGAUCUGUAAAAACAUUUGUAGGAGUGGCUGGUUAAUUACACCACUAUUUGUUAAACCUUUCCAUUUAAAACUUUGAGAACUGGGGCAACUUCAUAUGUGUACUUAUCUGAGAUGUAAUGUAGCCUGUGAAUAAGAAAGGGAUUUGAAUGUACAAAUUAUAACAUUUGUAAACAUACUGGGGAUUGCAGAUCAGAUCUUCAAACCACUAUCAAUUUACAGGCGUACAAAAUGUAAACAUAUAAGACACUUUAUAAAUCAACAUUGUCUUUUGCUGUUGAAUCAUGGACAAUGAAAGAGAAGACUGAUACCAACAAAAACGCAUGCUGUAAUGUAGACCACUGACCGCAAAAGAAAUGAAGAAAUGAUGAUAGAAUUACAGAUCAUAGAAGUAACAUAAUUUAUAGAACAUCACAAAAUUGGAAAUAAUACAUUGACACAAUGAGCUCUAACAGGAUUGCAAAAGGAUCUUAAAACAAAAAACAAACUCCAUGACUUGUAGUCCGCAAACGAACUUUACUGACCAAGUGACCACCGCUUGUUGGUGAAGUUAGUGCCAACUUUUGUAGAUAGGGGGUGUUGCGUGGUCAGCCCAACAGAUCCCCACGGCCGUUAAUCUCGGUUUUCUAGACCAGAAGGAUCUUAAAAUGUCAAUGAAAUGGAAAAAGAAGUUUGGGAUGACCUCUGAAAUGAUGGAAAGAUAAUGUUCUGUAAUGUCUGUAGCAUAUAUGAAUAGGCCUGGAAUGGAUUAUGAUUAUCAUCUGAGAAGAGGGAAUUUAAAUUCCCUGGUACUGUGGUACUGUGGCAGUGAUGUCGGAAUCCUAAUUUGGUGGUAAUGGUAUUUGUACUGGAAAGCACAACACUGAGCUUGCUGGACUCAAGCGUGCGCCAUCUUAAAAGUGUUAAAACACAUAACAUUUGGACUCUGCUCUGUUCUUUAUAUAAUCAGUUAUCAUUACACUGACAUUUUUAUUCUCUUUAUUAAUCUCAUAGGGUGUAGGCUGGAUGACUGAGGAACUGCG